AUGGCGCGGUUUGCUGCGCUCGCCGCGCUUCUGCUCGCCGUGGCGGUGGGCGGCGCCGCGGCGCAGGGCGUGGGCUCCGUCAUCACGCAGUCCAUGUACGCGAGCAUGCUGCCCAACCGCGACAACUCGCUGUGCCCGGCCAGGGGGUUCUACACGUACGACGCCUUCAUCGCCGCCGCCAACACCUUCCCGGGCUUCGGCACCACCGGCAGCGCCGACGAUGUCAAGCGCGAGCUCGCCGCCUUCUUCGGCCAGACCUCACACGAGACCACCGGCGGGACGAGAGGCGCCGCCGACCAGUUCCAGUGGGGCUACUGCUUCAAGGAGGAGAUAAACAAGGCCACGUCCCCACCCUACUAUGGACGGGGACCCAUCCAAUUGACAGGGCGGUCCAACUACGAUCUUGCCGGGAGAGCGAUCGGGAAGGACCUGGUGAGCAACCCAGACCUAGUGUCCACGGACGCGGUGGUGUCCUUCAGGACGGCCAUGUGGUUCUGGAUGACGGCGCAGGGAAACAAGCCGUCGUGCCACAACGUCGCCCUACGCCGCUGGACGCCGACGGCCGCCGACACCGCUGCCGGCAGGGUGCCCGGAUACGGAGUGAUCACCAAUAUCAUCAACGGCGGGCUCGAGUGCGGAAUGGGCCGGAACGACGCCAACGUCGACCGCAUCGGCUACUACACGCGCUACUGCGGCAUGCUCGGCACGGCCACCGGAGGCAACCUCGACUGCUACACCCAGAGGAACUUCGCUAGCUAG